GUCGAAUCAACCAAUCGAAAAGAUGAGAUGAAGAAGCUAGACAUGGAGCGUCGUGCAAACGAGAAACUAAAUGAGUUAGAGGAGGAGGCAAGGCAGAAGGCGCAAUAUCUCCUGUCGAAAGCGAUGGAACAGCGCCAGGAUGAAGAGGAAGAAAUUAAGCAGCUGAACGCCGCCAUCACAAAUGCAAAGAUCCAGACUAUUCGUGAUGCACAGGUAAUGGAAAAGCAACAAAUUAAGAAAGAGUUAGCCGAGGAGAACGAACGCCUUGAUCGCAUGAUGGAAAUGGAUCGUCAGAAUGCACUCCAGGUCCAGGCUGCUAUUGAAGCGAAAAGAAAAGAAGAAGAAAUGCUGGGAGCAUGUGAAAUAAUCAAGCAGAUAAACCAGAAUGAGCAGGAGCGUCUACUGAGAUUGGAAAAGGCGGAGCAGGAGAAUAUGGCUGCGCGUAAGAAGAUAGCGAGCGAGAUGCUGGAAGAGAUGAAGUGUAGAACUGACAGAAAGACCAAGCAACAGCUCCUUAGGGAGGAACUUGAUAAAUGUACAGAUUUAGCACGCAAAAUGCGGUUGAAGAAAGCUGAGGAGGAAAGACUGCUGGAUCUGAAAAUUAUGCAAGAACAGAAGGCUAAGGCUGAUCGUGAGGCUGCCUUUGAGGAGGAACAGCGACUCAUCCGCUAUGAGAAGGAGAGCGAGACGAAUCGAUUACGAGGACUUCAGGAGCGUGCCAUUGACCUGCAGGCGGAGAAGGACGCUCUGCGUGCCAAGCGGGCCAUGGAAGAGAAUGAACGGCAAUGGCGUCGGAAGGAACUAGCAGCCGCCAGGAGAGCCCAGGAGGCCAGAGAAGAAAUGAACCGCGAGCGCAUUAGAGCAGAGGAAAAUAAGAUUCGUCUUCUCGCCAUGGAGGCAACGCGCAAUAAAAUGGACUUUGAACGAGUCUUGCAGCACCAAAAAGAAUUGAUAGAAAAGGACAGACUUGAGGAGGAAAGGCGCAACAAGAUGAAAAUGGAAUUCUGCAAUGAUUUGAAGAAACAGAUAUGUGAAAAGGAGCAGCAACGAAUUGCAGAGCGCAAUGCCUUCUUUGAAGAGGGUGUGAGGAUGGAAGAAGAGGCACGACUGCGUCGUCUGCGUCUGGAAGAUGCUAAGAACCGUAAAAUGGAAGAACUCAGGCACGUUGACGUUCACAUACUAAGUCUUUAA